GGCUGUCCUUCUCAUUACGCUUCUCAUCUCGACCGCAGCUUGAAGAUACAACGGAACCGCAGCCACUGGCUCUGCACGGAUUUACCUUCACCAAAUCUACCUCUUCUGCAACCACAACCUCGGUAUCCAACAGAUUUCGUUGCUGUUUGACAGAAAAAGUCCUGAUAGAGCGAAAGCGCAGCGGUGAGAGGCGAAAGAAGGCGUCUGCGCACAUCGAGAUCCGUUAGCUGACUGAGCUAGCCGCAUCUCGCGAAACAUCUCGCCCGCAAGAUAUCGGGCUGACAUUGUGCUUUCUUUUUUAUUAUUCACAUACGCAUCAUUUACACUGGUCGACAAAGGGGAGGUGUAGCGGGUCCGGCGGAGCUGUACGGCUCUUGCUUGCACUGCAGGCCAGGGUGUGGGUGCGGAGAAUGCUGAAGGAUGAAUCAGAGAGACACCCUGGUUCAUUUGUUUGCUGGAGGCUGUGGGGGCACUGUGGGUGCUAUAUUGACGUGUCCACUUGAGGUGGUGAAGACGAGGUUGCAGUCUUCCUCUGUGACGCUGUAUAUAUCUGAAGUGCAACUCAGCACUGUGAAUGGGGCAAGCGUGGCCCGUGUGGCCCCACCGGGGCCUCUGCACUGUCUUAAGUUAAUACUGGAGAAAGAAGGUCCUCGCUCACUCUUUAGGGGACUAGGGCCCAACUUGGUAGGAGUGGCUCCAUCCAGAGCAAUAUAUUUUGCUGCCUACUCCUCAGCCAAAGAGAAGCUGAAUAAUGUGUUUGAUCCCGACUCAACACAGGUGCACAUGCUGUCUGCUGGUUUAGCAGGGUUCACUGCCAUUACAGCAACCAACCCGAUCUGGCUAAUAAAGACACGCUUGCAGCUUGAUGCCAGGAACCGCGGAGAAAGAAGCAUGAGUGCAUUCGAGUGUGUCCGACGUGUCUAUCGGUCAGAUGGGUUACGGGGAUUCUACAGGGGCAUGUCUGCUUCUUAUGCUGGCAUAUCAGAGACUGUCAUCCAUUUUGUCAUCUAUGAAAGCAUUAAACGCAAACUUAUAGAGUCCAAGGCCAAUGCUAACAUGGACGACGAAGAUGAAUCCGUUAAAGACGCUUCAGACUUUGUGGGUAUGAUGCUGGCUGCUGCCACGUCCAAAACGUGCGCCACAUCAAUCGCCUAUCCUCACGAGGUUAUUCGUACCAGGCUACGUGAGGAGGGCAGCAAGUAUCGUUCGUUCUUCCAGACGCUAAGCGUUGUGUUCCGGGAAGAGGGUUACAGAGCACUGUACCGAGGCCUCACCACUCACCUGGUCCGACAGAUCCCGAACACUGCUAUUAUGAUGUGCACCUACGAGCUGGUGGUUUACCUGCUCAAUGGUUAACUGCUGGAAAGAGACAGGGAAAGAGAUGGAAAGAUCGACAGAGAAAAGAGAGAUGAACAGGGUGCGAAAGAGAAAGCUGGAUGGAGCCAGGCUUAGACCAAAGGAAGUAGAACACAUCUUUAGAUGGCAAUGUUACCCCAGACCCCCAGAGGGGGCUCUAGUGUCAUAGAGAAAGUAAACAGAUGGGAUUUCAAGCCUGUUGGACUGGAGAGCAUUUCAAAAAGUUAGACUGAUGGUAAACAGACAUGCUAAGCAGUCUGUUUCUCUUGAAAUGUUUUAUGAAAGGACAAUUAAAGUGGGGAAUGCUUGAAAAUAAACAAAACGACCAAAUGAUCCCUGUUAUUGUUUUAUUCAACUCUGUCAAUUCAUUUCAAACAUACAUUUUAUCUGAGCCAGUGCUUAAAGCUGUAGUGUUCCCCAAAUCAAGUCUAUUGAGGUCUUGUAUACGGAGCCCCUAAGGGGACAUGGAGCAAAAAAUAAGUUUAGUUUAGCGUGCGCACAUGAAACUAUCGCGUUUAGUUGGAGCAAAAAAUAAAUAAAAUUUAGUUUAGCGUGCGCACAUGAAACUAUCGCGUGCGCACGUGAAACUAUCGCGUUUAGUUUGAGCAAAAAAAUAAAUACAAUUUAGUUUUGCGUGCGCACAUGAAACUAUCGCGUGCGCACGUGAAACUAUCGCGUUUAGUUGGAGCAAAAAAUAAAUAAAAUGUAGGUUUCCCGUGCGCACGUGAUACUAUCGCGUUAAGUUUGAGCAAAAAAUAAAUUAAAUUUAGUUUUGCGUGCGCACAUGAAACUAUCGCGUGUGCACGUGAAACUAUCGCGUUUAGUUGGAGCAAAAAAUAAAUAAAAUUUAGUUUUGCGUGCGCACAUGAAACUAUCGCGUUUAGUUUGAGCAAAAAAUAAAUAAAAUUUAGGUCUGCAUGCGCACAUGAUACUAUCGCGUGCGUACGUGAAACUAUCGCGUUUAGUUUGAGAAAAUAAUAAAUAAAAUUUAGUUUCGCGUGCGCACGUGAAACUAUCGCGUUAAGUUUGAGCAAAAAAUAAAUUAAAUUUAGUUUUGCAUGCGCACAUGAAACUAUCGCGUGCGCACGUGAAACUAUCGCGUUUAGUUUGAGCAAAAAAUAAAUAAAAUUUAGUUUCGCGUGCGCACGUGAAACUAUCCCGUUUAGUUUGAGCAAAAAAUAAAUUAAAUUUAGUUUUGCGUGCGCACGUGAAACUAUCGUGUGCGCACGUGAAACUAUCGCGUUUAGUUUGAACAAAAAUAAAUAAAGUUUAGUUUCGCAUGCGCACGUGAAACUAUCACGUUUAGUUUGAGAAAAUAAUAAAUAGUUUAGUUUCGCGUGCGCACAUGAAACUAUCCCGUGCGCAUGUGAAACUAUCGCGUUUAGUUGGAGCAAAAAAUAAAAAAAAUGUAGGUUUGGGUGCGCACGUGAAACUAUCGCGUUUAGUUGGAGCAAAAAAUAAAUAAAGUUUAGUUUAGCGUGCGCACAUGAAACUUUCGCUUUCACGUGCGCAGGUGAUAGUCUCAUGUGCACACGCGAAAGUUGCACGUCCGACUCCACUUUAAAAAAAUUUCUGCACAUGAAACUAAACUUUAGAUUUUUUUUUCUCCAAUGUCACCUUAGGGCUUCGGUACCUUAUAUGACUGAAGGAAGGAAAAACACAAUAAUUGUUUUUCCAGUGCAGUUGACUACUGUAAAGGAUAUCAUUCACCAUCUCAUUGGGUUUCAAAAAGACAAUGUUUCGCCUAUUCAGACAUUCAUUUCAAGCAUUCUCCUCUAGAGGUCUCUUUCCAAACUAUUCGGACAGAUGGUCGUCCACGCACAAAUUUUCAUUUGCUGUCAUUCAGUAGCGGUCACGUAAUCCGUGACCCCUCAUGUGCUUCAAACUGAAGUGUUUCUUGUUAGGUUCAUAUUAUGUUUAACCGUACUUAUUUUGUGUGUGUGUGUGUUUGUUUUAAUUUGAUUCUCAUGCUGUUGUCCUAAUAUCAGUAUAUAUUUUUAAUUGGGAGAUUGCGUCACUGGGCCUCUCAAAUGUUCACCCCGGUUUAAUGCUGCAAUGCCUCUACUUAAAGCCCCUGGGUGUUAGAUAUGAAUUUAAACUGAGCUUUGUCUCGCACUGUGUUUGUUCGGAGUGGCUAAUGCUAACCCAAUAAACAACAUGCAUAGGGCAACAAUCAUUUAAGAGUCAGUGGACCCAACCGUUACCGUUUGCACCCCCUGGAUCCCCUCUUAACAGUGGCUUCUGAAUGACCGUAUAUGCACUUUGUGGCCUGUCUAGGCUUGCGCAAAACUUUCGUUUUGUUUCUUUUUUCCUUAUGGGACAAAGUUAAUCUUGUAUUGUAAAACAUAGUAUUACUAUGUAAGCAAGGCAGUGUUUUGAUAAACAGUUCUCUUUGGAAGCUAUUGUACAGUUCAGUGUACUAAACUUUUAGUGAAGGAUAUUCUCGUAUGUGUAUAUACUGUACGUAUACAUAUCAAAUAUCUAGUGUUCAUUACUGAAGUCCUCUGAAUAUGCAGUAGUUUGCAGUUACAGAAGUAUUAUUUCAAUGACUGCAUAUGUUUGAUGGAUUAUUACAGGAUGUUCUGAAACUCAUUUUGUUGAAUGUCGUGUUUUUUUUAUAGUUUUCGAAACGUUUAUAUAAUUUGUUGCUUUCAUCACUCCUCAUUCUGGCCCAUAAAUUAUGGAAAAAUCUCAAAGUAUAUAUAUAUAUAUAAUUUUUUAAUUCCCCUGUUUUCGUUUCUGUGUGUUUACAUUACUGUUGUCUGUACUUUUGCACCCUCAUGAUAUGAAGGAGCUCAAACUGUCAAUUAUUAAUGGCAACAUCAAACUUUAAUACACACACAAUACUUUCAGACAAUUAAUUACCAAACCUCGGGCUUAAAAUUAUCAUUUAAAACAAUUAAUACAAAAAUAUACAGCUUCUAGAGUACUGUAGGCAUCUUUAAAUACUAACCGUGACAGUUUUUACUUAGCAAUGAUCAUUAGCAUUUAUCUAGUAGCGGGAGUGAAGUGAUGUUAGUUUCAUUCAGUGCAUUUUCUCUGUUUACCUUACUGUCCAUUUCAAGUCUGUUUUAUUGUGUGGUGGUUGUCAGUAUCCCUAAUGGCCUGCCCUAUUUAUUGCUGUACUAAAAUGGUCAUAAUCUCACAUUGGCUUUUAUUACAGAUCAUACAACAACAUCAGAUAUUUGCAUCUAGUGCUGGACUAUUUGUCAUGGCCAACAAUGAAAAUGUAAGAAUAGUCCCCAAUUUAACCAACUAUCUGACUUUUCCUAAAUGUUGGGCGUAAUUUAAAUUUGUAUUAAUGCAUAAAUAUAAAUAUUAUUAAGAAUAAUUGUUAAUGGAUGAGUAAAAAUAGCUAAUAAAUAUUUGUGCCAUAUUUAAAGAUGUUGUGUUCAUGAUCUUUCUUAUAUACAUGCAUAUAAAUGCACUUCACAGUCUGAGGGACUACAGAAUAGCAUUUAAAAAUAAUUAAAAAAAUACUGUUGUGUUGUCGGCCAAUAUCUGUGAGAGACUAAAUGGACAGAAGGCUUAAAUAGAGAAUUAAACUUUCAGCUGAGCAUAACCAAUUGACAAAAAUAGUGAACAUGCUAUAUUAAAACUUUCCUCUUCAUUGUUAAUGACAUUCAGCGAGUUUUCAUGUGUGGUGUCUGUAUUACAGUUUAACAUGACCAACACUAAUGAAUUGUACGUUAACACCUGAUUAAUUUCAAUUCUUUGCCUUUUUUAAGUCUAGUUGUUUUUAUGGUAAACGUGGCCUAUUCUUUGCUGGUUGUGAUACUUCCAUUUUGUACAAAGUGUCAAUAAAAAUCAAUGCAAAACUCA